GUGAUUACUUACUUACAUAUGUACAAUAUGUACAAUUUAAUCAUCUUUCCCAAUCUGAUAUAUUCCGCACACUUCCACUCUCCGCCACCUAACCUUUACAUUGUCAUCACACAGCUCACUUCUUAGACGUCCUUCACUCAGAUUAGAAAUCGAGAAAUCGAGAAAUAACAUAUAACCCCGGCCAUAGGAGCAUAUGGGCGAGAGGUCUCUUUCCCCCAUCAUUUCUCAUACGUCGCGAAAUACAGUACCCCCAGUAUAAUCGCACCAUUCCGAGAACACCAUCAUGUUGUUGCGACUACGAGGGCCGGAUGGCAUGAUCCGGAUCAACAUCGAGAAAACCGACUCCUUCGCGGAGCUUGGUCGCCAGCUCGUGGCGCAAUUGCCCGCAACCGUUGACCCGAAUAGCAUUAGCAUGUCCCCAGACCCCCAGGCCAAAGACUCGAAGAAACUAAAGGACAUUGCAAAAUUCAAGCUGGCGCAAAUUGGGUUGAGCCACGGAGAUUUGAUAUUUAUCAACUACCAACACCAGGACGCCGCCAACGGCCACACGAAUGGCGUGCCAACGCCGUCUAGCACUCUAUCAUCGACCAACAGGUUAAAUGGGAAACCCAUCUUACCUACAGAGGACCUACCGGUCGAUCCGCCGCCGCUAACAUCACCUACGAAAAUUAUCAAGAAUCCCUGGGAAGUGGUGAGGCAGUCGCCACUCGACGACCGACUAGACAAACAGAAUGGGAAGAUUCCUCGAGGUCGAGACCGGAUGUGCAAGCAUGGACCCAAAGGCAUGUGCGACUACUGCAUGCCCCUCGACCCUUUCAACGCACAAUACCUCGCCGAUAAGAAGAUCAAGUACCUAUCAUUCCAUUCAUAUCUCAGGAAGAUCAACUCGGCAACCAACAAACCCGAGUUAGGGAGCUCCUUCAUUCCACCCCUGAAGGAGCCAUAUUUCAGAGUGAAGAGGGACUGUCCCUCAGGUCACCCGCAAUGGCCCGAAGGCAUCUGCACAAAGUGUCAGCCCAGCGCCAUUACGCUUCAGCCGCAAACUUUCCGCAUGGUCGAUCAUGUCGAAUUUGCCUCGUUUGAGCUUGUCAAUGCUUUUAUCGACGCGUGGCGGAAAACUGGUGCACAACGGAUUGGCUACCUGUAUGGCCGCUAUGCCGAGUACUCGGAAGUGCCCCUCGGCGUUAAAGCGGUUGUCGAGGCUAUUUACGAGGUACCACAGGUAGACGAGGUUGACGGAGUAUCAUUGAGCGCUUGGGAAAACGAAACUGCUGUGAACGAGGUCGCCAAGCUAUGCGGUCUUGAGCAGGUUGGGGUUAUAUUUACAGACUUACUCGAUGCAGGUACAGGUGACGGAAAGGUCAUAUGCAAGCGGCAUGCCGACUCAUACUAUCUCAGCUCUCUAGAGGUUUGUUUUGCAGGGCGCUUACAGGCUCAACAUCCCAAGCCUACCAAAUGGAGCGAUACGGGAAGAUUCGGCUCUAACUUCGUUACAUGCAUCAUCUCGGGCAAUGAAACGGGUCAGAUCGCCAUCUCAUCAUACCAGGUAUCAAAUGAUGCCGUGGAGAUGGUGCGGGCAGACCUCAUUGAGCCGUCGGCUGACCCCAGUGUCAUGCUUGUGCGAGAAGAGGAAGAAGACGACGGCUCGACGAGCCGGACGCGAUAUAUCCCAGAGGUAUUCUACCGGAAGAUUAACGAGUAUGGCGCAAAUGUACAAGAGAAUGCCAAGCCGUCAUUCCCUGUUGAAUAUCUCUUUGUAACACUAACACACGGUUUCCCCGCGGAACCCAAGCCUCUAUUCAACAUUUCCAUCUUCCCUAUCGAGAACCGUGAGGCUUUAGGAGAGAGCCAGCAAAUAACAUCAGUUGCUAAGGCUAUUCGUACCUCGGAUGAUAAGAAGCUCGCCUCUCUUUCAGAUUUCCACCUUCUCAAUUUCAUACACGGAAUAGGCGUGCUAUCGAAGGAAGAGGAAGCGCUCCUCUGCCGUGCGGCUACAACGCACGACCUCGCCGACACGUACCAACUCUUCUCCCAGCCGGGCUGGCAGACUCUGGAAACCAUUCUACAAGAGACUGGUGAGAAACUCCCCAAAAGAAUAGACAAGCGCCCUCGUCGUUCAAGUGACGAGGGGGGCCAAGCGGACGGCGACGAAACAUCCUCCGCCUCAUCAUCGUCUUCGUCCCGCCCCAGUAGAUCAUCCAGUGGACCGCUUGCUAAGCGUUUUGCUGCCGUUAGGCUGAACGAACGAAAUUCAAACGCACCCUUCUACGAUCGCUCCCGGUUCGAAGAUAUAUGAAAAAGCACAUAUUGAAGGAGGAGAGAUAUCCCGUCGGCGCGUAUUUCGCAUAGGUUCGUGCUCGUUCGGGACGAAAGGAGGGAAAGAAAAUAGCCGAAGAUCUAACGAGUGGCGAGUUAGGUGGAUGUGUUUCUCGUCACCAACGGCCAGAUAGAGGCUUAAAAAGGGGCCUCGUCUAUCUUUCGUCAGCAUAGAGGAGAAGAGCAGCUUUUUUUGUGCCUAGGGGAGGAAAACCAACCCAAACAUUGAUAUGGUUGCGGUAGUACCCCCUAUUCGUAAUACACAUCUUCCGUCGCCGAUGAUUAGGAAGGUGAAUUAGAAGCGUAUUUUUCGUGCACGAAUCAUUCUUAUCACGUAGUACCUAAUGUAUGUUGCCUUAUAUCGUUUUAGCUUAGGUACCUAGCUUAGAGAGCCUGUUCCGGCAGGUAAGAUAACUCAGAUCUAUCAGCUUCCCUUCUAUACCAAGAAAAAAUACGGAGAUAAUACUUAUCUUGGGUACUUUUAAU